AUGGUGCUGGUGGGGAAGACUGGAUCAGGGAAGAGUGCAUCAGCAAACACCAUCCUGGGAAGAGAAUGCUUUGAAUCUAAGACAUCACCUAAUUCUGUGACGAAAGAGUGUAGGUUACAUGAGGUCAUAUCAGUGGAGAAGACCAUCUCAGUUACUGACACACCAGGUGUUUAUGACACAGACCUCACAAAUGAGGCUUUGAAGCGCAAGCUGGAAAGGUUUAUUUACAUGACAGCUCCUGGACCCCAUGUGUUCCUGCUAGUGAUCAGAGUUGGGGUUAGAUACAACAGGGAAGAGAAGGAUGCAGUGCAGUGGAUCUGUGAUAAUUUUGGGAAGGAAGCUUUACAGUACGCAAUGGUACUCUUCACCCACACUGAUGAGCUCAAAGAUACACCCUUAAAGCAGUAUGUAAAUGAGAGCAGUCAGCUAAAGAAGCUCAUUAGAGACUGUGGAGGCAGAUUUCAUGGUUUUAACAACAAUGACAGAAAUCCAAAUCAGGUCACUGAACUGCUGCAGAAAAUUGAAUGCAUGGUGGAGAUCAACAGAAAUAGGGGAAAAGAGCACUAUACUAAUGACAUAUACAAGACAGCCCAGAAACAGAUUGAAGACGCCAGGAGACUAAAGAAGGGAAAAGAAAUAGCUCUGGGUGUGGCCGCUGGUGUAGGAGUGGCAGCAGCAGUAGCUGGAGGAGUUGUGCUCGGAGUCAGAAGUCUCAUGAUAGUCCCAGGACUGUUGAUUGGAGCAGGGGCCUUAGCAGCAGCAGGAGGGCGCCAGACCUCUCGUGAGAACUACGUAAUGCUUUAUGGCACCACCUCACGCAACAACACCUAG